UCUCCGAGUUCAUGACAUUGCCUCACAAACAGAACAGCAUCGUUAUCGAGAUGAAUACUCUUCUGCUGGUUCUGUUUUUCGGAGCUUCCGUUGCCUUAGCAGAAUUGCCUUUUGAGAAUCCAGCUCUCGCUGAGCUUUCAGAUGAAGAAGGAGAAGAAAUCACCGGAGAGUUAAAAGAGGUGGAAAAUGAUCCCUUCUUUUCGGAGCAACCUAGUGGUCCUCCUUCACCCUCACGCCCGCCCAAGAAAUAUUGCCUUUACAGGUUACGUCAGUGCUUGGAGAAACCUGGCGCGAACAAGGAAAAAUGCAAAUUGUUAUUUAAAGAGUGCAUUAAGCGUCGGCCAACAGGUCGCCCCAGGCCCAGUCGUCCAAGGCCCAGUCAUCGUCCCAGGCCCAGUUAUCGUCCCAGGCCCAGUCGUCGUCCCAGGCCCAGUCGCCCAAAGCCAAGUCGUCGUCCGAGGACCACUCCUCCCUGAAAUAACUGUCAACCCGGUCAAGAAGAGGAAGUUUGAUUAAAUCAUGUCAAGUCUCCAGACACAUAUAACGAAAAAAAAUAAUAAUCAUAAAACAAAAAUAUAUAGAUGUCAUGGAUGAUAAAAGUUAUUUCUGGGAUUAAAGUUGAUUCAAAAGUCA